AUGUAUAUAAGUAAUUUUUUUCGAUCCCCCAUCUUUCCAACCACUCUUUCUACCGGCCACCACCAUCCACCACCACCCGAAGGAAAGGAGAAUGCAGCGGUUGUUUGCCCGCUUCAAGAUUAUCUGUUUGGUUCGGUAAUUGAACUGUCGGAAACAGUGACAGUUAAGAAAGAAAAGGAGCAUAGAACAUCACUUGGAGAGCUGUUUCAGAGAACUAAAACAGUUGAGGAAGUUACUACUGGAGGUAAAGUUAACAAAACUGAAAAGAUAAAAGAGAAAGAAACUGAAAAGUCUGCUGUUUGUUUGAUGAAGAAGAUACUGAAAGGAAGAACACAUUAUUCUUCAUCUAAGCACUCCUCAGCUGAUAAAAAACCGCGAAAGAUUUUGCAAAUGUUUCAUAGGAAAGUUCACCCUGAAGGAGUAGCUGUUGAACCCAAGUCUGAAAAUCAUUUGAAACAUGCUACAGAGGGCAACUUUGUUCAGGAGUAUAAAAACAAAAAUCAAAUGUUGUUUGAAGAUGAUAAACUAUUUCCUAAAAAGGGUACAAACUGCACUAGCAGCCACAUGCCCUCUGACUGUUGUAUGAAUGAUUCAGAUGGGAAUAGAGAAUGCUGGAUUAAUUCAGAUGCUGAUUACCUGGUGCUGGAACUGUAGAAGGCAAAAGAUAAAAAGAAAGUGGCAUGAAAGGUUGUGAUUGGUUGAAUUUGGGCUGGAAGAAGCAAGAUAUGAUAGUGUGAGUGUAUGAGUUUUCCAGUUGGUAAGUGAUAUAAUGACAAGUGUUUAUGAGCAUUGUAUUGUUGAAGUUUGUGAAGUUGAAAAGAAUAAAAUGGAAUAUAGUUAUCAAAUGCA